CGCGUCUUUCUAGGCUUAUAACAUCUCUGGUAACACUUAUCAAAACCAAGUUUGCAAUGAAGCACGUGGUAUCUGCAAACAUCCGGUUUUCAGAAAAUGGAAAUUGCAACGUUUUGACACAUAGCUUUGGACGCACGGAAAUUUGCCAAACUCUAAUUACGUAUUAUUUUUUUAAUAGUUUCCAUGUUGUCGAAAUAUGAAGAUGGAGGCUGGCAGUCUUGUUUCAUGCAGAGAGGACAUCUCUUCUCUGUUUCCAGAGGAUACGCUGGGUGCCAAGGAUAAAGAGUUAAGCAGCCAGUUUCCCUCCGUGAGAAAAGUACGCGGGGAUGGAAACUGCUUCUACAGAGCCUUCUGCUUUGCACACAUGGAGUCAAUACUAUAUAAUACCAGGGCUCUGCAGAGAUUCAAGGACAAAGUAAUUCAAAGCUGCAAAGUUUUUGCCUCUGCGGGAUUUGAUGAGAGUUCCUUCAAACACCACCUGAACACAGUUGUGAAUGUGGUGGAGCAGUGCCAGCAGGCUGAGGAACAGGAGGACACUCUGCUCAGGCUCUUCAAUGAGGAGACCACCUCCGACAGUGUGGUGCAGUACCUCCGGCUGCUCACCUCAGCACACCUGCAAAACAGUGCAGACUUCUUCUGCAACUUUGUGGAGGCACCCAAUCUACACGCAUACUGUCGUCAGGAAGUGGAGGUUAUGGCAAUGGAGUGUGAUCACGUGGACAUCCUGGCUCUGUCGGAGGCCCUGGACAUUUGCAUACACAUCGUCUCUAUGGAGGGUGAUGAACAGCAGUUGGCUCACCACAUCAUUCCAGAGGGUGCUGAACCCUCUCUGCACCUCCUCUACCAAACAUCACACUAUAACAUUCUCUACCCACGACCUCAGCACUGACCCGGUGAUGCAGCGCAGCUCUGCUCAACUCAGGAACAUUGACUUUGGUUGAAUAAACCCCAAAUGCGCUUUAAGACAAAACAGAUUUUUAUAAAAUCUUGCAGUGUACAGAAAUUGAACAACAUCUGUGAAUACAAUUACUGCACAUUGUGCAAUAAGUAUUUGAAUGAACUGAACUGAUGUUAAAAAUAGCAUUUAUGCAAUUAACAAGUACAUAAAUCCUGUCUGAGAUGGAUUUUUAAAUACACAUUUCCAUUAACAUGUCA